GCGAGUCGCAGGUGAAACGCUCUCUCGGAUAGAAUCGGCCGCUCAGUUGCGCUCGCGCGAUCGCGUACGACGAUAAUUUAACUGCGCGCGCGCGCGCGUGCCAGAACAACAAUACGAAAAUACGUCGGGAAAGGCUCGGUCUUUUUUUUCCUCUCUCUUAACCUUUUCGUUGUGUGUCGUAUAUAUAUAUUUAUAUAUACAUCGUAUGUGCGUGUGUCAUCAGAUCAUUGGAAAUCCUUUUAUACUGUCAAAAUUCGAAAGGUUCUUUUGUAGUGUUUUUGAUCGAAGAAUACGCAAGAUUCAUGGAUAAGAGGUCACUGCGCCAUGUGGCUGCCUUAGCGUGGUGAGACCGAGAAAAGGAGACGAGGAAAACGUAUAGGAGUUAGCCUGGGAAGGACAGCUCUAACAGUCACGAUGCUGUCGAGGUAUACAGCUCUGCUGUUCUGGCUGGCAGUGCCAUCGAUUGUCCUGGCACAGAGUAAUUAUGCGUCACAGGGCAAUAGCAUCGAGUAUCAGCCUGGACUACCACCGAGCACUGUUCUCGAUGGCAAGGUUACCAAGUUGGACGAUAUAUCUCCUAUAAUAUUUCUCAAUCGAACAAAGGCAUAUUUGAAUUGCGGUCAGGGUAGUAUGGAUGUCGAGUUAAAGUUCGAGGAACCUUUUUACGGCGUAGCUUAUGCGGAUUUCGAUCGAAACAGUGCUUGCAUGGUGAAAGGUCGCGGACUGACAAAUGCUAAAUUGGAAUUACCACUGAAAGGAUGUGGUACCAGACAAGAUCCGCAACGUGUAUUCACCAACAAUAUAGUCGUACGCUUUCAUCCUGGCCUCGAGAUGGAUGGUGAUGAAGUUAUCACCAUAAUUUGUAGAUAUCCUCCACCGAUAGCACCGGCACCACCGGCUCCACCUGCUAGCAUCAGAAUGGGUACCAUAGCGCCAGCAGCCGUGGCAGAACCACCAUUGAAAGGUUUCCAAAUCCUUUUAAUCAUCUGCGCUAUUUUAUUCUUAUCAUUGCUACUGCUUGGCCUUGGAUGCUCGUACAUGUGCCUAAAACGUAGGAAUGUACGAGUGGUUCAUCGUCAUCCAUUUGGUAGUGGCACAGGUUCCGAGAUAACAAAAUUAUCUGGCUCUUCUCUAAGCAACAUAACCAUGUUCGAGGGCCUUAAAAUCCCACGCGCGCACGCUCUUCUUCAUACGACCGCUGCCUCCACAUCUGGCAGCGAAGCAAAUUUGGUCAUCGACCAUUCCGAUACGUUACCAAGCGAUUAUCCCAGUGAAAGUCACUCCGAGCUUUAUUAUGUUCAUCAGGUGGACGAGGAACGUUCACUUCCAGUUUCCUCGGCUGGUUCCUACGACAACAAAGCAUUCGUGCAUCAUCACGAGACUCAACGGCAAGUGGAAGUACGUACGGCCAGUUCGUUGUAUUCCGAAACAGUAGCUGCCGAAGUAGGAACAUCGUCGAUGAUGGCUGCUAACGCAUCGCGCGUUGCCGUUCCUCGUCAUCCGAUAGCUGUCCCGAUCGAGCCGAAAUUCGACGUUCAAAUGCGAGUAAAAAGAGCACCACCACCUCCACCUAGUCCUUUACCAUCUGAAUCCGAUGUGGCCAGUAUUGCUCUUGAGAGAAACCUAACGACUAUCUUGGAAAGAGAAGAAUCUAUCAUGAGUCGAACGUUGGAGAGUCCACCACCAAGAAUGACCACUUUCUCUUACGUACCGGAACUGCACGGGCCACCAGGAGCUACCUCGUCGACGUCUACUGUGUCUCGACAACAAACACCUCCGGUUUAUUCUAGAAUCUUAAGAAAGCAAGCGGAAAGAGAGACGACUACCAGCACAACGUUGAUGCAAGAAAGAAUUCCAUCGCCACCACCUGCCGAACAAUUGCCUAUUCUACAUCACGAGAUUCGUCGUCCACGAUCUCUGACUUCUCUUAACACCGAGUUAACGGAAACUCGUUCUUUAACCGAAGUAAUGGAUCAGUCUCACGCAAAGUAUAGAGUAGCAAGUAUUCUUGCACCUACACCACCACCACCUCCACCGAUUGUACCCACAACAACGACGACUCACACAGCGAUUCAACAUCGUGAACAACGUCUCCAUCGUGAGGAGAUGACGGAACCUCUUGUAGAACCCCAAGUGGUAACACCAAGACGUCCAGAAAUAACGACUCACGAAGUAGACGAUGUUUACUUACGUACCGUUACCGAGAAGAAAACGAUCGAAGACGUAGAACGUCAUCGUCGACAAGUCACUGAGUACCGUGCUCGACCGCAGCAACAAGUCGAUCCUAAAUGGGACGUUACAAUCAGAAACUAUCCAACGGAAGACCUUCCACCGCCCCCACCAGAAUGGGAAAGCUUCUCCGACGUUAGUUCCACGUCGAAUUUAACGAUCACGAACGAACCCACGGUUCAUCCAAACGACAUUGCUAACGAUGAAGAACCGGACGUCAGUAUAGAACCAACCUAUACAGCUCGAGCAGAGAUACCCUGCAGGCCAUCACAUUCGGCUCAUCGUCGACCACUUGACAGCGAGCCGGACGGACCGACAGACUGGUUCGCCAGACUCUCGAAGGUCCUUGAGCCACGGUAUGCGUCGGAAUUGACGGAAGAAGAGCGAGCUAAAUGGCGCGAGAUUAUCACGACUGAGAGUACUCUGAGAACCCUUCUAACAGAAGCAGUAGUUAGAGAAGAUUACGAACUGAUACGAAAGGAUGCGAGGUAUACGAAUCUCUUCCCACCGGCAAAGUGGGACGUGAUCAUUCGCAUUCUUGGACCGCCUUUGGCACAGGCUGGUUCUACCUCAUCCUCUGGCAUGCACGGCAAGAAUCACGGUCAAAGAUACAAGAGAUCCAAAUCUUCCGAAUGGGACACCAGAUCUCGAAGAUCCUCUUUGCCGACUUUAUACGAAUACGAGAGCGAUGGUGGUAGCUCGCAUCGUAGUUUGGACAAUCAGAGCCAUCGUUUACAGACAUCGCAAUCAGCGGCUACAAUGGUAACCGGCUCGAACGUAGGACGUCUUCGUCGAUUAGGUAGUUCCAGUCAUAGAGGCGUCGGUGGUGGUGGUGGUAGCGAAGCCGAUUUGAGGUCAAUGUCCGAGAUGACGGUGAGAGACUUCGCUAGAGUGGACAGGGACGAUCUGACGAGUUUGAGCUCCUUCGAAGGUGCAGAUUCAUUGGUCAGAUCACUCAGUCAACCGAGUUUGGCUAGAUCCGGCUCGGAAUUCACUGAACAUUGGGGUAUGCCAUCCGCCAUCUUAGAUCUUCCACCUUGGGCUACCGAAGGAGAGGAAGGUGCGAGUUCCGUAGAGACAACUCCAAGAGUUAUUAGAAGAGGCGAUCGAAUCGAGGUUCUCGCAUCGUUCGAUGAACGUAGAAGAAAUGGCAUACAUGGCUCUAAUGCAGCAAGAUCAUCAAGUCGAUUCAUCGAAAGGGAAAUAAGCAGCGUUCGUAUGACCGAGAGUCAGAGAGCUUCAAAUUGGUUUCACGACGACUCCGAGCCCGAGAUGCAGAUAUGAGUUUGAGGAUAUUUCAUUCUUUGAGAAUUGAAAUCUCGAUUGUUCGUUUUAAUUGUUCCGUGACUCGGUCAUGUACUCGCUCAGAAUAUAUAAGCUUGACGAACCGGUCUCUCUAUGAUCGUCAACGAGAUAUCACGACGAUCACAAUAUCAGCCGUCUUUCGACUGUGCCGUUUCUUUGCAUUUACUUUUCCAAUCUCCUUUUUUUUUGUUUUUUUUUUUUUGCACUUCUUCCUUGUUUACUCCGUCUUUUCCAUUCUUUUCCAGGAUCCUUUCUCUUUUUCUAUAUUAAUUCACUUACCUCUUUCUCUUGUCACCGAUAUUCCUAUCUAAAUGUCAUGUAACUUUGAAUGGUUAUAAAGCCAGGCAGAGGAAGAGAGAGAGAGAGAGAGAGAGAGAGAGAGAGAGAGAGAGAGAGAGAGUUAGCUAGACUUGCGAGGGGAAUGGAUAUACUCGAAUUAUCAGCCAUCCACUUGCGAUUUCUCUCACUGCCCCUUCGUUGCCUCGCACUCGAGGAUCGCCCUUUUGCCUCCUCGUGGAGCUUCCAAAGGAAUCUCCUUCUAAUUUCGAAUUUCUAAUUCACAGAGCGCCGUACAGUCUCAUCUCUGUUAAAGCCGUGAACCGCGAUGACGUUGCAAACGACUGUCGUUCUCUUCACUCACCACUCGAAACUUCUCUCUUCGCAUAAGGGUCGACUGUUAUAUAGGUAAAUAGAUAGUAUAGGAUUUUACAUGGCAACCAUUGUAUACCAUGUCGACCGUAACUAACGAGUGGGACUGCAGAGUACGGCAAAAUGUCAUCGAAUUCAUUUCUUUGUGAUACAAUGAAAAAUCAAACGAUGAUAAUAUUCAUACGGCCUCUUCUUUUAUCUUACAGAGAGAGAGAGAGAGAGAGAGAGAGAGAGAGAGAGAGAGAGAGAGAGAGAGAAAUAGAGCGUCUAACGUUGAAAAUUAACAAAGUAAAAUCGAUACUAACGAAAUCGAUACUAAUUAUCGAAGAAAUUCACUUUUCACGAUUAAUCGAACGGAACAAUUGGUCUUCUUUAAAUUCCUCGAUAAUAAUCAACCGGAUCUGAAAUGAGAAAUUUGCACAUCUACGGUAAUACAUAAAAUCUUAGUUUCGUCAUAUCCUACGGAUAUUUAUAAUUAUUAUUAUAAACACUGUUUCUUUUCAUUUAUGGAUAUCCAUCUUUGGAAACAAUGGAUAUCCUUCUUCGUACUUUCAUGGAGGAUGGUUUUUAAAAUCGUGAAACGCAUUACGUGUUCCGUAUGAAUCUUAUCGAAAUAUUCUCUCCCUUUAUAUAUUAUAUAUAUAUAUAUAUAUACAUAUAUGUUUAUAUAUAUAUAUAUAUAUAUAUAUAUAUAUAUAUAUAUACUUAUCUCGUUGGUGUAAGUCUACCCCCGCGGCAGAGAAUACUCCAGGACAGUUUCGCAGACACUUUGAAACACACGGCUGCAUUAUCCCAAUGCCAGUCAAACUUUUCUCCUUCUACCACAAAAUUCUUUUAAGCGUUCUAUCAAACAAGAGAGGUCUCGAAGAGAUUGCGUCAGGAGCACAAAGUGGAUGCUGCAAAAGAUCUUUUCUCUCCCCCUCUCUCUCUCUCUCUCUCUCUCCCCCCUCUCUCUCUCUUUAUGAAGGAGGAUAAAAAAAAAACACUUAACAAAUUUCAAAAUAUUUCAUUAUAAACUGUAAAUAUAUGCUACUGUAAAACUUUCCUUGUACAGCGACAACUUCAGUAACAUUAGAACAUUUUUAAACAGAGAGGAAGAGAGAGAGAGAGAGAGAGAGAGAGAGAGAGAGAGAGAGACAGGAAGUAGGAUUUUAUAACGUAGAACAUAAGUGAAAAAAUAGAGAUCCGUGGGCUUCACAAAGCUAUUGCCUCUUAAUUCCAGAUAAUUUGAUAUCGCCGUGCUAUGUGUGCUAGCUUUUGUUUGUCUUUUCUUUUAUAUAUUUAUAUAUAUAUAUAUAUAUAUAUAUAUAUAUAUAUAUAUAUCUAUUUUUUUCUUUUUUUAAACAUGACAUAAUGACUAGUGAACUUAAGUAAUGAGUUAACGAAUUGAUGGUACAGGCUGUGAGGCCCGCGGCAAAGAAGUUGUCCACUUAUGAUAUAGAAAAUCCUUGAACGCAUACCGGUCUGACACCAACGAUAUGGCUGCGAUAAUAAUCUACUUAAGUAGGUAAUGAAACAUACGGUGCUGGGUCAUACGCUUCGUAACGAUAGCUAGAUUUUUUCUACCCCACCCUCCCCACCCUUUUAUUUUUUUUUUUUUUGUUUUUUUUAUUUUUUUUUGUUUUUCUAAUAAACCCUAACUUAACUAUUCCUAUCAUUCCCCUGACCUCCACCUUUUGAAAAAUUAAUCAGCUCAUUUCGUAGAUCGUUCUUACAACGAUAUACGAUAUUUGCCCGUAGUUAGGCUUCAUUGAAGAUAUAAAAGUAUUUCAUUAUACGUAAGUACGUAUCUUUUAAUUUACAUUUUACGCAAACGUUUUAUUUCGACUCACAUAAGAUAAUAAUUGCUCUAUUUAAAUGGAGAUUAACUUUAACCCCUUGUGUGGCCUUUAACAAGAGACUAUUACGAUUGAUAAUGCAAAAGGUUGACGACUUUUCUUUUUACCCAGAGAAAUCUUUAAAGAGAUAAAAAAGAGAGAGAGAGAGAGAGAGAGAGAGAGAAAGAGAGAGAAAAGAUAUAUAAAAAGCUUUGUCGUCGAUAAAGUUAUUGAUGGGCCAAAUUUAAUGAUUAUUCCUUGUUCUUUUUCGAAAUCGUUUUUUUAAGGAAAAUUUUCGCGAAUAAGAAGCUGCUCUCUUGCCGAAAAUUUUGGUGGAGUGAAACAGGUGCUACCGCGAUGUAAAUAUCGAAAUGAGAAGCGAAUCGAUCGAUGAGAUCGAUCGAUCGAUUGAUCGUGAGUGAGUGAGUGAAUAGAGAGAUUAGAAAGAAAGAAAGAAAAAAGGUAGAAGAAAAAGAGAGAAAGAGAGAAUAAAAAUAUGCGUCUCGUCGUCCCUUUUCAAGCAAUAAUUAAUAGACGAUUAUAUAUUUUUUAAAUAACAAUAAGAAUUUCUGGAUAUUAUCGUGUCAAUAUCAAUGUAUUUACUUAAAUUAAUUAAGAGCGAGGCGAGAUCACUUUCGUUGUUUUCCGUUCGUCGUCGUUCGCAUGGAUCUUCUCCUUUUAAGAAAACUACUCGCUCGAUGUAUCGACAUUUUUAUUGCCGAAUAAACUUUAACGAUGCUUUUACUA